CAUCUUUCACAACUUCGAUCAUCUCUCUCAGAGGACAUAUCCGAAGCUUCUCCGAUCUCGCAAUUCACAGAGCCAAUUGCAGAGAAGGAUCCACGUUUCAUGUGUUUCUUCUGAUUCAGGAGAACAAGGGAUCUGAUCUCAGUUGAGUUUUAAAAGCAAGCUCUCUCACUUUCCACCGCAUCGGCUCGAGCUUUCACCAUUGUCUCUUCCACUAAAGAGCUUCGCCUCCGUUCACCAUUACUCCGUUACAGUUGUAUCUCUUCUAUUUAAAAAGAGUAGAAGCUAGGAAAGGUUUUGGAUCUCCUUUUCCCGAUCCCGAUCUCUCCUGCCAAAUUCCGCUGGUUUUUUGCAGUACCUCUGUGUCGUGAUCUGCUGCCAGCCUGCAUGCUUCGUGUGUGUUUUGGUGUUUGAGCCAAGAAGUUGGGACGAGUAUGGGGUAUCAAAAUCAUGCUUCGGGAAGUAACUCGUUCCAUGGAGAGUUCAAGAGUUGUCACUCCAAACCGUCCAAGGGUGCUGUGGCAUCAAUGAUCAAUUCUGAAAUUGGUGCAGUUUUGGCUGUGAUGAGGAGAAAUGUACGGUGGGGUGUACGCUAUAUUGCAGAUGAUGAUCAGUUAGAGCAUUCUCUUAUCCAUUCUUUGAAAGAAUUGCGUAAGCAGAUAUUUUUAUGGCAAAGCAAUUGGCAAAAUGUUGACCCGAUACUGUACAUACGGCCUUUUUUGGAUGUUAUAUUGUCGGAUGAAACUGGGGCUCCAAUCACUGGCGUUGCUUUGUCAUCUGUCUACAAGAUCUUGACCCUUGACAUUUUUACCCUUGAAACCGUGAAUGUGGGAGAGGCAAUGCAUAUCAUAGUUGAUGCUGUAAAAAGCUGUCGUUUCGAGGUAACUGAUCCAGCCUCAGAGGAAGUGGUUCUGAUGAAGAUACUUCAAGUUCUGCUGGCUUGCAUAAAGAGUAAGGCCUCUAGUGGAUUGAGUAAUCAAGACAUUUGCACCAUCGUCAACACUUGUUUGCGUGUUGUUCAUCAAUCAAGUUCCAAAAGUGAAUUGUUGCAGCGUAUAGCUCGCCACACAAUGCAUGAGUUGAUUAGAUGUAUAUUCUCUCAGCUUCCUUCUAUCAUCCCCUUGGCUAAUGAAACUGAAUUACAUGUCAGCGAUAAGGUGGGAACAGUGGACUGGGAUCAGAAUUCUGGAGAAAGCAAAGUUGAAAAUGGAAAUAUUGCUAGUGUAUCUGAUUCUCUCGACACUGAAAAAGAUUCUCCAAGUUCUGAGAUGGUUAUUCCAGAAGCAGAAGUUCGAAAUGAUGAAAAGAAAACUGAGGUCAACGAUGACUUGAAUGUUGCUGCAAAUGGUGAAAAUGCAAUGAUGGCGCCUUUUGGUAUUCCAUGCAUGGUAGAGAUUUUUCAUUUCUUGUGUACCCUAUUGAAUGUUGGAGAAAAUGGUGAAGUCAAUUCCAGAUCCAACCCAAUAGCGUUUGAUGAAGAUGUUCCUCUUUUCGCUCUAGGCUUAAUUAAUUCUGCUAUAGAACUUGGAGGGCCUUCUUUCCGUGAGCACCCAAAGCUGUUGAAUUUGAUUCAGGAUGAGUUAUUCUCUAGCUUGAUGCAGUUUGGUGUGUCCAUGAGCCCUCUGAUUCUUUCUACAGUUUGCAGCAUCGUUCUUAAUCUCUACCUAAGUCUUCGUACUGAGCUUAAGGUACAGCUUGAAGCUUUCUUUUCAUAUGUACUUCUGAGGUGUGCACAGAGCAAACAUGGCUCUUCUUAUCAGCAACAGGAGGUUGCUAUGGAGGCUCUGGUUGAUCUUUGCAGACAGCAUACUUUCAUGGCUGAAGUGUUUGCAAAUUUCGAUUGUGAUAUAACCUGCAGCAAUGUGUUUGAAGAUGUUUCAAACCUGCUAUCCAAGAGUGCCUUCCCAGUUAAUGGGCCUUUAUCUGCUAUGCAUAUACUUGCAUUGGAUGGGUUAAUUUCUAUGGUUCAGGGAAUGGCUGAGAGGGUGGGUGAGGAAUUGCCCGCUACAGAUGUUCCUACACAUGAAGAAGGAUAUGAGGAAUUCUGGACAGCGAGAUGUGAGAAUUACGGAGAUCCUAAUUUUUGGGUUCCUUUUGUCCGAAAGGCAAAGCAUUUAAAGAAAAAGCUGAUGCUUGGGGCUGAUCAUUUUAACCGUGAUCCUAAAAAAGGCUUACAGUAUCUCCAAGGGAUGCACUUGUUGCCUAAGGAACUUGAUCCAAAGAGUGUGGCAUGUUUCUUCAGGUAUACAUGUGGGUUAGAUAUGAAUCUUAUAGGAGAUUUCCUCGGAAGUCAUGACCAGUUCUGUGUUCAGGUGCUUCAUGAGUUUGCCAAGACGUUCGACUUCCAGAACAUGAAUCUUGCUACUGCUCUGCGUCUCUUUGUAGGUACCUUUAGGUUGCCUGGCGAGGCACAGAAGAUACAGCGAGUGCUGGAGGCGUUUUCUGAGAGAUACUAUGAACAGUCACCACAUAUACUGAUUAAUAAAGAUGCUGCCUUCGUGUUAGCUUACUCGAUUAUAUUGCUGAACGUUGAUCAGCACAACAAGCAGGUGAAGACAAGGAUGACUGAAGAAGAUUUCAUCCGUAACAACAGGGAGAUAAAUGGAGGCGCAGACCUUCCUAGAGAGUACCUAUCUGAGAUUUAUCAUUCAAUUAGCAGCAGUGAGAUUCAGAUGAACGCAGAUAAGGGAACCGGCUUCCAAAUGAUUACUGCCAGUCGUUGGAUUAGUGUGAUUUACAAAUCCAAAGAAACCAGUCCCUAUAUCCUAUGUGACUCUGCAUCCCAUCUGGACCGCGACAUGUUUUGUAUUGUGUCUGGUCCCACUAUUGCAGCUACGACAGUGGUUUUUGAGCAAGCAGAGCAAGAAGAUGUUUUGCAGAGAUGUGUCGAUGGAUUAUUGGCCAUUGCAAAACUUUCAGCAUAUUAUCAUUUGAACAGUAUUUUGGAUGAUCUGGUUGUGUCUCUCUGCAAAUUCACACCUUUCUUCACCCCGUUAUCUGCCGAUGAAGCUGUUCUUGCUUUAGGAGAAGAUGCCAGAGCGAGAAUGGCUACUGAAGCUGUUUUCUUGAUUGCAAAUAAAUAUGGUGACUAUAUCAGUUCGGGCUGGAAAAACAUACUGGAAUGUGUCUUGAGCCUCAAUAAACUCCAGAUUUUACCAGUUCAUAUAGCUAGUGAUGAAGCGGAUGACCCAGAGCCGUCAACUAGUAACUUGGAGCAAGAAAAACCAUCCACAAAUCCGCUGUCAGUAGUAUCACAGCCACAACCCUCAGCGGCGCCUCGCAAAACAUCUAGUUUUAUUGGUCGGUUUCUUUGGUCUUUGGAUGUGGAGGAGACGAAUGCAUUACCAACCGAGGAAGAACUGGUAGUUUAUAAACAUGCUCGUGGGAUAGUGAAAGAUUGUCACAUUGAUAGCAUAUUCUCAGACAGCAAGUUUCUCCAAGCUGAGUCUCUGCAGCAGCUUGUUAACUCUCUCAUAAAAGCACCCGAGAAAGAUGAAGCUAGUGCUGUCUUUUGCCUGGAGCUUCUGAUUGCAGUAACUCUUAACAACCGAGACAGAAUCCUAUUGAUUUGGCAAACUGCUUAUGAGCAUAUCUCGGGUAUAGUUCAAUCAACGUCAACACCAUGCGCACUUGUUGAAAAGGCUGUUUUUGGUGUUUUGAAGAUUUGCCAGAGAUUAUUGCCAUACAAGGAAAAUCUAACAGAUGAACUUCUGAAAUCACUCCAACUUGUUCUCAAGCUUAAGGCAAACGUGGCUGAUGCAUACUGUGAACGAAUUACACAAGAAGUUGGCCGUCUUGUGAAAGCGAAUGCAUCUCAUAUUAGAUCUUAUAUUGGUUGGCGAACGAUCAUAUCUCUGCUAUCAAUCACAGCUCGGCAUCCAGAAGCUUCUGAUGCUGGAUUUGAAGCCCUCCGGUUUAUAAUGUCAGAAGGAGCACACUUGUUACCUUCAAACUACAUUCUCUGUUUAGAUGCAGCUGGGCAGUUUGCUGAAUCCCGACUUGGUGAUAUUGAUCGGUCCAUCUCAGCAAUUGACUUAAUGUCAAACUCUGUUUUUAGUCUUGCAAGAUGGUCUCAAGAGGCGAAAAACUCUGUUGGAGAAGAUUAUGCUAUGAUGAAACUAAGUCAAGAUAUUGGAGAAAUGUGGCUCAGACUUGUGGAAAACCUCAAGGGAGUUUGUCUUGAUCAACGCGACCAAGUGAGAAACCACGCAAUUUUAAUGUUGCAGCGAGCUAUAGGCGGUGCAGAAGGGAUCAUGUUGCCACAACCUCUAUGGUUCAAAUGCUUCGAUUCCUCAGUCUUCCCAUUGCUAGACGAUUUGCUCGCUAUUUCGAUUGAGAAUUCAAAAAAGACUUUCAAGAAAACAGUUGAAGAAACGCUUGUUCUCGCCACGAAGCUCAUGUCAAAAGCUUUUCUUCAAUCUCUUGAAGAUAUCUCACAGCAACCAUCAUUCUGUAGACUCUGGCUCGGUGUCUUGAACCGUUUGGAGACUUACAUGUCAACCAAAUUCAGAGGAAAACGCAGCGAGAAGAUCCAUGAACUCAUACCGGAACUGCUCAAGAACACAUUGCUGGUGAUGAAGACGACGGGAGUUUUAUUACCAGGUGAUGACAUCGGAAGUGACAGUUUCUGGCAACUAACGUGGCUUCACGUCAAGAAGAUCUCUCCAUCUCUGCAAUCUGAAGUUUUCCCACAAGAGGAGCUUGAUCAGUUUCAGAGACGAAACGCAAAGCCUGAGGAUUCUCCGGCACCGGAAAAUGAGGACCGAGACUGAGACGGUGGUGGAGUAGAGAAUAUUUGUUUUAUACAGAUGAAAAAGCAUAUUCAAGAAUAUCGAAAUUUUUUUUUGCAGUAUAGCUUUUUUUAUGUUUUUUUUUAAUAUAGUGAAUCAGUGAUUAUAAUACUUUUGGAGUUUCGAGCGUUUGGGGUUUUUUCCUAAAAUGGAAUGUCACGUUGUUGAAAUUAUGUGGUUGACUGGAAAUAUAUUCGGAGGCACUUUGGAAACU